GUAUAAACAAGGUGAUUGUAGCCCCUAACUUUAUAGACUGCUCAAUUUUCAUGAUUUACAAUGAAGGAAAAUUGGGUUUUGCCCAAAUUGGAAAUGAGAAGCUCACACUCAUCAAUGACCAAAUUUCUGAUUACGAUGAUUUGAUUGUGUACAAGGGUCAGCCUUGUGUUAUUAACAAAUGGGGUCAAAUUUUUAGGAUCAAUUCGUCUCUGGAAUUGGUUCCUUUUUCGCCUCCUAUUGGUUUUGGUUGCAGAAAGAAUUUGAUUGAGUGUUGUGGAGAGCUUUACGUGGUGGAUAGGUACCUUGAUGUUAAUCAGCAAGAUCAAACAUCACUAAAAAUUCAUGUUCGUAAUGCUAGUUUUAAUUUUUUUCGUCGCCAUCCUCUUCGUCGUCGAAGAAUCUAUGAAACCGAUCAGCCCAAGGCAAUUGAUUUCAAGGUCUAUAAGUUGGGUGAUGAAGAGUUGGGGGGUAGAUGGGUUGAAGUGAAGAGCUUGGGGGAUCAAGCUUUCUUCUUGAGUGUUGAUUGCUGUUUCUCUGUUUUGGCUGCAGAGUUGGAGGGGUGCAAAGGGAAUUGCAUUUACUUCACAGAUUCAAAUGACAUUAGUUUCGCGUUGAAAGAGUUGAUCAGAUCAGAUGGGUCUGUUUUCAGCUUGGAAGAUCAUAGCAUUAAUUGGCUCAGUUCUUCCCCUGUUUAUUCUCAGAUGUUUUGGCCACUCCCAGCUUAAUUAUCCUUUGGAUUAAUGUAAGUAUACAUAUGAUUAUGUUGUUUUUAUAUACUCUUAACAAGCUUACUUGACAAACAAGCUUUCUGGUA